AUGUCUGAUGCAAGAGUACAGUUAGGACACUGGUUGAGCAAUGCGAGAGGCUAUUUGAAUGAGGCAGAAGGCAUAGGUAUUAGCACUAAUGACAUUCUCAAAUACUUCAAGUCAGUGUUGGAUGAUAACAAUCUACUCAUCUUGAAGAUCAAUUAUAUGAUUGUGUUUCUUAAAGACCUGAUAGAAAUAAUGAACCAGAUAUUCAUAAAGCUAAAAAAAUUUAACAACAUCUUUAGGUCAAAGUUUAGAAGAAAUUUGAAUUAUUUUGGUGAUUUAAUCCAUCAGUUGAACCAAUCCCUUACCAACUUGAACAGCAUUAUCAUUGACCAGAAUUUGGUUUGUUUCUUGGACAAAAAAGAUGACCAACAAGCCAAAUCCUUAUAUGAUUAUUUGUCAUUGGAAGAAUUUUUGAAGUUACAGCAAAACUUUGAGAUCAUUAGUGAUAAUUUUGAUCCUUUGCGUAGCUAUUUGCUUGAAAACCAGUUGAGAUUUUUUGAAAGCAACCUCGUUAAUUUUGAAAAUUUUUGUGAAAGUUUGGUCAAUGAGUUCUUGAGCAUUAAUAGCUAUUUCUACAAAGACCUCGUGGAGUUGAAUUUGUAUUCUAAUGACAAUAGUAAUUCUCAGCUUGGUGCAAAUGAGAAAUACUCAAUUUUGAUAAACUACUACGAAUUAGAGAUGGCUAGUUUGAUCGAAUCCCUUAGUAACCAUUAUGGUCAGUGCAAUGAGUCUAUCAAGCUAUUGAAUAAUAAUCAUCAUGAACAAUUGAGUCAAUUAAUUCCGAUAUUGAAUGAUGAUUCUCAAGAGGCACCCAAUGUAUUGAGCGAUUUGAAAUUGCUUUUACUAAAAAUUGAGAAACUUAAAAAUAAUAAAAACUUGAACAAUCUAAAUUCUAACCUAAAUAAGAUUUAUGAAGAAUUGAUAAUCAAGAAUUUCAUUGUCAAUGAUUUUCUUACCAAAACAAACAGAAAUUUGAACAUCGAGUUUACAAUAAAGAAUUUGAAUAAUCUCAAUUUCAAUUUCUUGAAAAAUAACUUUGUUCAUAAUGCUAGCGAAAUUAGUAUAGUUAAUUUGGAUCUAUUGGGGAAUAUCAAAUUGAUUUUGAAGUUAUUGGAAUUUUUGAAGGAGUUUGAGAGGUCCUACUACCAAUUGAUUCUUGAGAUUAACAGGAAAAACAGCACAAAUUUGAAAAUUAAGAAGUUGAUUAAUAGCUUUUUCACAGAAUUGAAUGAUAUUGAAGAUGAUAGCCGCAAAAGUACUAAGCAGUUCAAAAAAGGUUUGAUGAGGUACUUACCAAGCGAUUUAUCAGAGGUUGUCACCCAUAACAGAAGCUCUAAUCAUAAGCUCCCAAAUAUUGAAGUGGUUUCUGAAUUUGACGAAUACCCUGAACUUGAUCAAAGCUUGGUUGCGUUUGCGAAAAUGAAACUCAAUGAGGAUUUGUAG